UCUUCUCACAAACACCACCACUACCACCAAGCGCAGCGUAACUCGCAGACUCCAGGCAAUCUUUUGGCCGCCAUUUUUUGGGUAUCGUCUCUCUAUUUGUCUUGCGGUUCGCAGUAUUAUGUCAUCUCUUCUCCCCUGGCCUCUUUCUUCGUGUUGAUACACUUCAAGCGUUUUUAUUUGGAACGAAGGAAAUCUUGCACUAAAAGAAAGAAAACACCCCCGGCUACCAAUCCCCUUCCGCAAGACCACUCUCGACAGCCUGUCUGAAUCAGUCCCAUCAAUUUGCGUUGGACUUGCCUGGCCUUAUUUUGUUGCCGACUCUUCUCUCAAUCGUCCCCGCGGAACAGACAGGCCCAUUCAAAACAUCCGAGUCCGCUACCAAAAAUCAACGAAUACACAGAUUCGGCUUGAAGACCAACACCGGAUUUGUUCUUCCAGUUCACGACACCAACGCGAUACUGCUGCUCUCCUGGACUUGCCACCAGGAAGGACCCUUUACGCCCUUGAAGGACCGAAGGCACCCACAUCGAGCGACAUCCGUGGGAUUUCAGACAAUAUGGCUGCCGUAACCAGUCACAUCACCAGUCGCAGGAACUUUAGCCGCUCUAGAGUUCCUGCGUUGAAAGUCAAGACUACUGUGGGGGAUUCAGUCGGUUUUGAUGGAAAAGGAAAAGCACUUGCAUCCGAUGACUGGCGCAAGUAUGCGUCUGCCCCUGGAAUGUCAAACAAGGGGAACCUCCGGAAAAAGAUUGCUCAACGGUCGAGCGCUACAGAGCACUCCAUGGAAAUGCCUCGCGAACCUGGAUUCUACCGCCCGAAUGACGGCGAAACUGCUUAGGAAGUGGUUUCAUCAGCACCAGGAGACCGCUCAGUCUCAAACCAAUCAGCGGCGCACUCUGCAGGUACUUCUGAACAUUCAAUUGACUCGGCUCAGAAACCAAUAGUGGUUCAUAUUGAAGACAUGAAGCCAAUGCUCAUGAACGUCAACGGCGAAAACAUACCAUUACCUAACCGAUUCACUUUCGACAUCCGCCCCAAGUGCUUCAAAAGCGACCACUCCGAUGACUCAUCCAGCUCCCCUACUUUUGGAGAACUCAGACGCGUCCUAGAUCCCAGAAUCCUCAGCGGCAAAAUCUCCUCUGACUGGGUGACUAUCGACCGCGAGCUCCCGGACGAUAUCCAGGCCUUACUAAACACCAUUCGGGAACUCCCCACAUCAAAUGCCCCUUCUAGGAAGCCCGAAAGUUGCCCAUUUGAUGCGCCCCUGUCUAGCAAUAGGCCCCAGGAUUCCAAAGACAGUACAGGCGCGUCUGAACGUUCGGAAACAAAGCCUCAAGAUGACGAGGAGAAACGCUUUCGCAACAUGAUCAACCGUCUCCAGAAGCGCCUGCCAACUCCAUCCUUGGUAAAGCCCAGGGUACCAAGCAGCAAGCUACAACCUGCUGAUCCCGCCAUUCUGUGUGCCAAACUGAAGGAUGGUGCAGUGUUCGAAAAUACCCAACUGAACCAAGUCACCGAGCCGCGCCCUGAAAGAAAGGGCAGAUUCAGCGACUCUGGGUACGCCAGCGGUAGCAACCCAUCGUGCAUCGUACAUUACUCAACGUCGGACAACUCUAGGGAUUUCCAAGACGAGCCGGCCGCGGCCACAAGAAGAAGUUUGGAGGCCCAAAUCGCAACCAAGAAAUUGAAUCCUGCAGCAGCCGAGUUCAAAAUCUCGACUGACAGUGUACAUCUGCCCGUGCUCUCUCCCAAAAAGCUAUCUCGUGGCCCGCUUACAUCGCUUCUUUUCAACCCAACUCCUGAUGUGGCUGUGGCCGGGGCUCUCCCUUCGUUGGAUAGGCUACAAACUGCUCAGACGAGGCAGGACAUAGGCACUGCAGUUGAUAUGUUGCAGAUUCAACAGCCAAGUCCCGUCAAUUCUGGUUUGAAGGCCAAACAACGAAAAGCACCUCAGGUUCCACCCACCCAGCAAGCUUGCCUUCCUCCUGUUCAACAUCUUUAUAAUCCCGCUCUGUCCGAUGUCAAUCCCAUGGCUCUUACUCAUCCCAGCUUGAGCUUACCGCCACAGAAACCCAAUGCAGCUCUCCCAUUUCCCCCUGCUUCAUGGAUUGGAGGACCAGGGUUGGGCAACUUUGGGACAUUUCCACCACUUACCGCCCCAUCGAUGGCAGUUCCGCAGUUCAACAUGCAAUCUCCGGAUAUGGCAGCGACUUUGGGGACUGGAACUUUCCUACCUUCAAUGCGGCCGCCCAUUCCACCCUUUGCGUCGGCUCCUAUCAGCGGCUUAGGAUCGAUGUACCCCCAGGCUGCAGUGCCAGCAAUGCCGCCAGUACAACCGUCGAUUCCACUGAAAGGCGCAGGUCAACAAGCUCAGCCGGAAUCCAAGGUUGACCGCCCUUAUUUUCCCGUGACAACGAAGCCUCGGGUCCCGGAUCCGAUCAAACAACAACAGUACGAGGAGUAUUUGGAAUGGCGCAAGGCCAAUGAGCCCGGGUACCACAUCAAGUGCAAGAUCAGACAGGCGAAUCGCGUGGUGCGUCAGCAUCAAUACCAAGCCGAGGCUCCCAAGCUUGAGGAACCGGGCAUUUCGCUUGCAUGGAAAGCGAUUGCUGAAAAGGCCAAGGCUGUUGUGGGAGCGGCUGAGGCUCGUCGUGCGGCGGAGAAGAAGUCGAAGCAGAACUCGGUGGUUGAAGAGUUCAAAGCCAAGAUUAUUGAGAGGGUCAUGGGGAGCUCGGAGACGAAGGAUGACAAGGAGGACUCUGAAAAGAAGAUGGAGGACGAACAGGCUGUUGAAAAAGUGAUCGAGAAACCGACAGAGGACAAGGUAAUGGAUGAGGAGACAACUGAGAAGAUGACUGACAAGACAGCUGAGAAGACGGAAGAGGUCAAGGAAAGAGUGAAGGUAUGAUGUGCAAGGAAGCACAUAGUGGUAUUGGGAGCGAGUGGAAAUAAACAAAAUUGCUGCGGUUCUUAUUUCCUCUUGUAUGUAUACCAUGGAGAAGAAGAGACUGAGAUAUCUUCUCUCAUGCUAACAUUCUCUACUGGCGUCGGAUUUGGGGACUUGUCAUCACAGUUUAUGGUUAUCGAGACGAUGCGAAGCAUCGAUUUAUGGAUUAACCUCGCUAUAGUUAUGAUUGGCGGUUGUUAUUGAGCCAAAGGUGUCUGGGGAGAUUCUGAGACACAUGCGGGUAUGGUUAUGAUUAAGAGACCAUCAUGUUGGUGUUGGUCGUUUUGCGCAAGCUUUGCCUUUUUUUCGUCUUUGGUUUUGUUCUGCGAAUGACUGUCAGUUAUCGUCAUUGAUAUUGCCGUUACCUUUUCUUCUAGAUAAUCAUUGUGAUAGACAUAUGAAUCAAGAAGAUUGGUACGCAUCCACUUAUCACGGAACUGAUCAGAUGUCGGAAUAUCGAGUGCGUUGAUGACUCUGGUGGAAAAGGG